UAGGGGCGGGUCUUCGAGAAUCGCGCUUUCUGGAAGGCAUGGCAGGUGGGUGCCGAAAGAGAUAAUGACACAUAGGUGUUUCUUCUCAAACGCCACUCUCAACCUAUAUUAACAGAACAUUGCAGCGCGGCUACAUUGCUAGCAAAAGCCAACGGCUUGAUGCGACUAGCCAAGUGUGUGGUCGUAUGUCCUGUGAUCAAUAUUUCGAAACAAUAGUCAACAAACCAACCUAAUUAGUAACGGUUAUACCUGUUGACAGUUUGUAUUCGCAAGCCGGUUGGACGAAGGUCCAGAUCGAAGACGGGGGAAGGUGGUCCGCUGAAACGACGCCGAAGGUCUCGCCGUCUCGGCGUGUUUUGGGAGUUUCACCUACGCCGGACAUUUUACGUUUCCGGCCACCGGAGUCUCCGAGCGAUGUAGUACAAGCCGUCGUCUUGUCCUGUCCUGUGUGAAGAAUGGACGCCACUCAGAUGAUCGACGACUCAAUAUAUGAGUCGGAGGAGGAAGAGAACGAAGACGACAACGAAAAGAGAGAGCCACUGGCUAAGCUGCGGAUUUUAAAGAACGAACAUGUCCCUCAAACAGAGCUGCCCCUCUAUUUGGGAGAGAACGUGCUUGGUCGUGAUCCCAGCAUCUGCACCCUGCCCCUUCCUGCUCGCUCAGUAUCCAAGCGGCAUACCACAAUCUGCAUCUCUGUCUUCCGCCCACAUGGUCACCGAGAUGCAGCUGUUAUGGAGGCACUGGUGUGGGAUAUGGGGAGCAUGAACGGGACCCGCAAAGGCUACAUCAGACUAUCUCCUCAUGUCCGCUAUGCCCUCAGCGAAGGAGACAGGUUAGUGGUGGCAGACAUCCCAUGCCAGUAUGUCAGCUGUGCUGCAGACAAGAUUUCCAAACAAGAGGAUGUGAGAAGUCCUGUGAACAAACACAGUGAAAAACGUGUCAACAGAGACUCCAAAGUGCCGGCGUUGGCGUUGUCACCUAAUCAAGAAGAGACAAAGAAGACUGCUGAAAUCAAAGGCCUGUCCUUUGAACGAACUCCUGCUCAGCCAAAGGGGACCCUGGUCCCAGAAUCUGACUCUGAUUCAGAAGGAGAGCAAGGGACGAGAAAAGACAGAAGGCUAAAAGCUGUUGUGUCUGAUUCUGAAUCUCAUGCGUCCAAUCCUACCUGUUCUUCAUUCCUAAGUCCAACAAACAUAAUCAUUCCAGAGAGUGAGGACGAAAGUCCCAUCACACCCUCCUCCUCCACUAAAAAUAGGUCGAAAAAUUGUGUCAGCUUCAGCGAGGAAGAGAAAGACAUGGAUGUGGGGCGACAUCAGCUGAAGAAAGAAAGGGCACAGGUGAUCGUGGAUGACAGUGCAGAGGAGGAGGAUGGAAGGGAGAAAGAGCAAACAGCACCAGGAGAAAGAGAGCCUGAAAAAAGUGGACGAGAUGUACCAGUGAAACAAGCAAAUGCUGUCAGGCUCUCUAAAGAAGACGGAUUGCCAGUAUCCACAACAGCAAUCUCCUUGGAUGUCGUUCCCGUGUUUAAAGUGGACAAUGACACUGAUGUGGAGGGAGAGGAGGAGGAGGAGGAGAGGGACAUGUCUGCUGGUCCUGCGACCUUAAAUGAAUCCCAGACGGUCGACCAUUCAAAAUAUCGAGCCCAGUUUCAUAUGGACAGUGAUACAGAUGUGGAUGAGGAUGCUGAUGCCUUAAACAAUGUUAAUAAAUCAGUACCUGCUUCUUAUGACUGCCCGAAACACACCAAUUCCCUUAGGGUUGUUCAGUCAACAGCCAUCAAUUUAGAGAGUGACACUGAUGUAGAUGAUGAUGAUUGUGCUGCUGUGUCAGGCACUGCUGCCAGGGCAACAACCACAUCACUUCAGAAUGCAAGCACAGCUGACACUGCUCCUUUCACACUGUCGAAAGAUUUCCAUGUUGACAGUGAUACAGACGUUGACGAGAAAGACGAUUAUUCUGGAGCAGGGAACACGGAACACUCUGCUACCAUGAUGAACUAA